AUGACGGCUUUAGGGCAGCAAAUUUUAAGCAACAAUCCUAAAACCAAAGUCGUCUAUAGCACCGCCGAAAAUUUCACAAACGAGUUCAUCAAUGCCGUGAGAUCAGGUUCUCUCGACCCAUUUCGGAAAAAAUACCGUAGCGUAGAUCUCAUGCUGCUCGACGACGUCCAGUUCCUCAAAGGCAAAGAAAAAUCCCAAGAGGAAUUCUUCCAUACUUUCAACGCCCUCAUGAAUACGAACACUCAGGUCGUAUUGACCUGUGAUCGACCUUCUCAGGAAAUCCAAACCUUUGAGCCUCGCUUGCUCAGUCGCUUCGAAAGCGGGCUCACCGUGGAGGUUCAGGCCCCAGGUUUCGAGACACGAGUAGCCAUCUUACGCCGUAAGAUGGAUGAGUGGGGUGUCGAGCUUGAUGAUGCCGUGGUCUUUCAUAUAGCGAAUCUAGUUCGUAGCAAUGUCCGUCGCCUUGAAGGCGCAUUGACGCGUAUCGCAAGCUAUUCCUUCCUUGCCACUCAAACAGUGACUUUAGAGAACUCAGAACUUCUCAACGAUCUCGUCAUUGAUGAAGAGUCGAAAGUGAUCAAUGUCGAUACCAUCCAGAGGAAAGUGGCCGAUUUUUAUGAUAUUCGACUCGCUGACAUGCAGAGUCCCAAAAGACCCGCUCGCAUCGCCUUUCCAAGGCAAGUGGCGAUGUAUCACCGUGAAUUGACUAAUAUGUCGUUGGUAGAAAUUGGGGAAGCGUUUGGAGGCCGCGAUCAUGGAACCGUGAUUCACGCCUGUAAAAAACUAAAAGCCGAGAUCGCAGAAAAACGUGAGGUCUCAGCGGCUGUGGCCAAGCUGAUCUCCAUGCUAAAACACUGA